UUCUAACUUUCUAAUAAGCAGUCUAGCCUGCAGCUGGGAGAGUUAAUAAUUCACCAAUCAGGGGAUUUCAGUCCAGGGCUGCACCAUAUAUUGAUAUUAUGUCGUUAUCGUGAUAUGAAACUUUAAACCAUCUUUGCUUUUGUAUACGGUAUGGUAUGAUUAUGGUAUGGAGAGUGGUCUUUUCCUGGUUUUAAAGGUUGCAAAGGAUGGAGUGUACAUGUUAGGAGGACUGAAAGCAGAAAUAAGAAAAAAAUGAAUAAAUAAAAUGGAAAAUAUAUUUGGAAAGUACAUAAGUAGUUGAAUAAGUACAAUAGUACUAAAUACAGAGGCAAAAUAAUAUUCCUUAAUUUAUGAUUUUGGCAGAUUCAGUACACGUAGCAGGGGGUGUAGCUACUCAAACACAUUUUUCCACAACCUGGCAACUCAAAAGUUGUCCCUAUUGAUCAUUAACAGCUGAUCUAUAACACAUUUCAAAUUUCAUCAACCAUAAACAAAACCACUUACACACCCUUCAUCAAUAGUGUGAUAUACUUCCAACUUAUAUUAAAUCCUGCAACCUCAACCUAACAAUUGAAAAAUUGAUGCUCUCAGUCUCUUCCUUAUCCACUGGUAUAGAUCUGAAUAAAGGAAACUGGGGGCAGUCGCUCUUACGGUUUGAUUUCAGCUCCUCAGUUGAUAUGUAGGUCACUGUGACUGUGCUGCACGGCGGUGAUCAGCAGCUGGAGGUCCCGGUGAAGUGACUGCUGUAAUUGAUCACAUCAUCGUUGUCUGCGCACCUUCAUGACGGACAUUAAGCAGCAGAUGUAGCUGCGGCCCGAGCCAAUUAAGCGGCCACUGAUGCAUACUAUCCGUCACUUUAGUGCUCCAGCACCGCGGCCGGUUGGACAGCGACCAGGCGGCGUCCUCAGCAUCACGGCGGCUCCGCCAAUCAGCGCGCAGCUCGGGGCAGAUUAACCCAAAGAGCCCCGGUGCUGCUCUGUAGUAGCAGCCUCAGAAACAAGCCCGCACCUCUGAUCCUCGUGGACUCAAGUCCGGGCAGAUGGAGGCUGCUGGAAACCAAUUCGUGAAACAACAGCAAAUUCCAUAAUUGCCUUCUCUCAGGUCGAGUCUCGGAGCGGAUUCAGAGGGGGGGAAAUGGAGGCUUGCUCGAGAAUAGGAGAGAGCACGGAUGCGAUAGUGAUGGAUGAGUCUCCCACAGAUGAAAGGGACAUUCAGCAGGCUUGCCAGAGUGAGAUCCCGGCGUUGUCUCUGUGCCCUCCUGACAGCGAGUGUGGCACUGAGGCCCAGUUGACAGUCAUCCAGUCUGAAGGGAAGCUGUGUGACAGCUGCAGCAGCCUCGGCAGACCCUCGUCCUCCUGCCAACUUUACCACCAAGUCCCCCGAGGUCCUCAAUCUGAAGCUUACGAUUCACUGCAGCCUAGAAAAUGUCCCCACUGCAGCCAUUACGGGCCAAUCAAACCAAACGCCUGCCACGACAGCCAUUCGAACACAACAGGUCCCCGCGGCGAAGCAGGUGUAGGGGUGAAAGCGGGACGCAGCUGUAGCUCUGCCCACCAGACGUCUCAUCACGGCGCGGUGAGAUGCCACUGGCUGCACGGGUCGAAUGAAAGCGGGACACAGAAGCCGCCGCAGCGUCAUGUGGUGACAGUGAGGGAUGGAGGGCUCUACUGCAUCCUUAGAAAUUACUCUCAGGUGAUAGUGGACUACCCGUUGGUAGUGUUGGUGGGUUGUGCCGUGCUGCUGCUUGGAUGCUCACUGGCUGGACUCUUGAUUGGUCCACUGCCAGACUUCUCUGACCCACUGCUGGGCUUUGAGCCCCGGGGAACGUAUAUCGGAGUUCGCCAGUCCAGCCUGUCAGAGCUGCAGGAGAACACAGGGCCGGGGAAAACUCUGUCUCCUUUACCACAGCAGCUCAGCAAAAGUUUUGGGGUUGCUGCCAGUGGAGACGCCAACGGCAGUCAGAAUCCCUCUAGGCCUCGCUCCAAGAGGAUGCUGGCUAGAGAUUCAUCUCCAGACACCUUCCUCUGUGAUUCUCCAGGCGAGCGUUUGGCUCAGUUGGUGUUUCGAUCAGAGAACUCAGCCAGUCUGUGGAGUCUGAAGGCCAUCCACGCCAUGUGUGAGGUGGAGCAAUCCAGGAUUCGUUCCCAGGCUCAGUUCCAGGACCUGUGCCAGCAGCAUGUGAGGGGGGAGGCUGAAGGAACGUCCAGGAGCGGCUGUUGCCCCAGCUGGUCUCUGGGGAAUUACUUGGCUGUCCUCACCAAUGCCUCGUGCUGCCUCAGCCUCACCUCACACCAGGUGUCUGAGUCUCUGAACCUCCUCCGGAAAUGUGCUCCGUACUAUCACGAAGGACACCUAGUGGAAUCCUGUGUCGAGAGACCCAAACACGGCGGCUGUUCCUCUGUCCCUUCUCGCUGUAAACAGUCUCGAGUGGUGUUCCAGAUCCUACACUUCCUGGUUGAUAAAGACUUCCUCGGGCCGCAGACUGUCGAAUACCAGAUCCCCACACUGAAGUACAGCCUCCUGUUCUUACCCGUCGACAAAGGAGAGCACAUGAUGGAGAUGUACAUGAGCAGUCUCGAAGGCAGGGAUCUUACACACAACAACACGACGAUCACAGGCAUGGACUUUGGCAUCAAGCAGACGCUGUUCAAGUAUUACCUGGCGAGAGAUUCGGUCUACCCUGUCCUAGCUGUUGUAUCUCUCCUCUUCACUAUGGCUCUUUAUCUCCACUCUCUCUUCAUAGUAGCAUUAUCUGCAAUAGCGAUCACAGGCUCCCUCCUGACCUCCUAUUUCUUCUACAAAGUAGCAUUCCGCCUUACUUUCUUCCCUCUGGUCAACCUCUCGGUAGCUCUCAUUCUCUUGGGAAGCUGCUCCAAUCAGGUUUUCAUCUUCGCUGAUUUCUGGAAUCUGCAGCUAUCCCAGAAUCCCUCUGCCUCCCUGGAGAAGAGAGUAAACAGAGCCUUGCAGGAAGUGGGCUAUUUGAUUUUGGCGUCAGGGUUGACCUCCAGCGCAGCAUUUUUCUCCGGUUAUCUCAGCAGCAUCACAGCCAUCAGAUGUUUCUCUGUUUAUCUAGGCACCGCCUCGUUUAUCAGCUCCAUCCUGGCGUUGGUGUGGCUGCCGUGCUCUUUCAUACUGCGCGAGCGCUACACAGAAUCAUCCUCUGCAUCCGUAGCGGCGCAGGGAUGGAAACCGUGCUGCUCCAAAAACACCGGCGGCUUCUGGGAUACGAGCUCGCGCAAGAGGUGUCUCUUCACUCUCGGGCAGAAGCUGAGGGAAUUAAAGAGGGGUCUCUCAGACACUUCCAACUUAUUAUUUAUGAAAAUCCUGCCUUGCGGAGUGGUGAAGUUUAGGUACAUCUGGGUGUGUUGGUUCGCAGUGCUCGCUGCAGGGGGCACCUACAUGUCCUGCAUUGACCCAGGCAUGAAGCUGCCCACCUUGGACAGCAGGGUCGCCCAGCUUUUCCGCUCCAGUCACCCGUUUGAGAGGUACGAUGCAGAGUAUCGUCACAUGUUUAUGUUUGAGAGACAGAGGAAUGGAGAGGAUAAACCUGUUACAUUAAUGCUUGUUUGGGGCAUCAAACCAACCGAUAACGGGGAUCACUUUAACCCCAAGAGCAAUGGGUCUUUAGUGCUCGACCCGUACUUUAACAUGAGCGGGCCAGACGCUCAGGUCUGGCUGAGGGACUUAUGUGGACGUGUUCAGAACCAAAGCUUUUAUUCCCCACCGUCACCUGAGGAUAAAGAUACAAUGGCAGAAAAUGUCUGUCUGGUGGAGCAGCUAAUACACUGGGUAUCUGUCAGACGGUGCUCAGAGAGUGAUGACUCCCUACAUUUCUGCUGUAACGACAUCCCUUUCCCCUACCCUCCCAGCGUUUUUGAGAACUGCCUCAGUAUGAUGCUGGCGGAGAGGUAUGCCGAGGGCCAUCUGGCCCACAGCGGAGGCCUGUACUUCCAGCCAGAUGGCACGGCCGCUGCCCUCGUGUUGGCAUUCAAAACCACAUACCUCUACAGCUUCAACUUCAGCAGAACCAGCCAUUUCUACAGAGAAAUCCUGACGUGGUUUAACAGCGAAAUAUCAGGGGCGCCACAAGGGCUGGAGAACGGAUGGUUCAUCAGUCAUCUGUCUCUUUUCGACCUACAGCAGUCUCUGAGCUCAGAGACUCUGGUAGUGGCCGGCUUCUCGGUCGCUCUCACGUUUGCUUUGCUUCUAUUAACCACUUGGAAUAUUCCACUGAGCAUUUAUGGGACUGUAGCUGUAGGAGGGAGUGUUUUUGUCACUGUCGGCCUCCUUGUUCUUCUUGAAUGGCAGCUGAGCGGCAUCGAGGCUUUGUUUAUCUCAUCUGCAGCAGGGCUGUCGGUUGACUUUAUUGCGAACUACUGCAUAUCCUACAGCUUGGCUCCUCAUUCGGACAGAAUCGGGAAAGUAGCACACGCCACUAAAAGGAUGGGAUGUCCUGUAGCAAUAGUCUCUGGUGCUUUUUUCUCCAUGGGAAUCAUCAUGUUGCCUGCCACGGCCUUGCUGUUCAGAAAACUGGGGAUUUUCCUGUUUCUGGUGAAGUGUGUAGCCUGUGGUUUCGCAACUUUCUUUUUUCAGUCCCUAUGCUGCUUUUUUGGACCCCAGAAAAACUGUGGAACGAUCACCCUGCCAUGCUUUUCAGAUCACACGGACGGCGCGGCAGCAGAGCCCAGCUCCUCGUCAGCCUCAGCUGCGAACGGAGCCUUUGGCAGAUCUAGAGUGAGGAGGAGUUAUGACAAUGAGGCAGGUGGCUAUCUCUACCCCAACCACCAGCGUCCGCAGAGACAGAAACAGGCUGGAGCAGGAGGGGGCGGGGGCCGAGGGCCGGAGCAGUAUGAGCUGCAGCCAUUGGCCUAUCGAUUGAGUGACAGCUUCGAAAACAGCACCUGCACAAGUAAGCUGUCCAACCGGCCCUCUGUGCUCUCUGACGAGAUUGAAUACUGCGGGAAGGACGCGGGCAGGAACAGCAUGGACGGGGACCGUGAGGAGAUGCCGUGCAGCCGUCAACAUAAGAUCUGCCAAGCGCCUCCGGCCCUGCAGACUUCAUCUCCUUACAAAGAAAACACCCUGCGGCCCGCAGGCCUGGCACAGGACGACGUAGCUAAGGACAAGCUGUUAUGUAAAACAUGCAGAGGUCAUUCUGGUGGUGUGAAGCACUGGAGCAAUACAUCCUUCUCCUCAUCUUCCAGCUUAGAGGAGACCAUCAUCAGCCACACAAUGGAGACCAUUGACCAGCCAUCUCUCUGCAAAGAGGAACAAGCCACAGAGGAGAGCCUCCCUCACCACCGUCACUCCAGCAAAGGGCACCGCUCCUCCCUGUCUCAGAGCUCCUGCGAGGGCCUGGAGGACUCCAACGAUACGUGCCUGAGCGACAUCGAACCAGGGCCUUCCAACACGCAGCAAAACGAAGAAGAGGUUCAGUUACAACCAGGACAUCUAAACGGGAAGAGAGACACACUUCGCCUCUCACUGAAAGAAACUGUUUACGAGACGUGCAAUAAAGGCCGAACCAGUCAGAGCGAGGAAGUUGUUAUCAUACCCAACAGUAAACCAGACCUGCCAGACGUUUGGAUAAAGAGAGAUGGACAACGGGAGGAUACAUGUUGAGGGAAGCCGGAAAGAAUCUUUGCAAGCACUGUGCAUUAUUCGCUCUAAAUGUAUUUUAAAAAGGAAAGGAGUCACUGAACUCGAAAAGAUGCAUUCACUGUUAGUUUUGUAACAUGCCCAAAGAAACAUAAGCCACCUGCAAACGUAACAUGUGACAGCAUGGUUGUCUAAUGUUGCUGCUAAGGUUGUUACAGUGUUAAUGUUACAGAUGGAUGAGGUCAGAGCAUGAGUAUUUCUUCAGCCAAAGGUCAAAUCAGAGCAUGACUUUUUCAGCCUGGCAGUGAAGGAAGUCUUAUUUCUCAGCCAUAACCUUGCACCAGUAUCACACUUGAAGAGAAUACAGUGUGUUCUUAACACAAAAAUCAUCAAGUGCUGCAGAAUUUAUUUUUGUGCCUGGAACUUUUUAACACCUGCACAGACUGGGUAAUGACAACAGCCACUGGCUCCUCCUCAUGCUGGUAUUGACCUUGAUGAGCCAUAUCCAUUCGUGGUAUUCUGAACAUUAAAAGAUAAAUAGGAGAUAUGCAGAGAGAGAGAGAGAGAGACAGAGCUGCACUGAGAGUUGGUUUCUCACUUUGUGGCGAUAAUAUGUACAGUAUAUCCUUUGUGACCAUGACGUGGAAAACCACAAACCUGAAGUUUGUAAUGUGUCAUUUGUUGUCAUGACUUGUUUGCAUUUAGUGUUUGACUGUCAAAUCAAAAGUCAUGCUGUUUGUUCCAGUGUCUGUGCCAAAAAAAAUUAGGGAUGCACGAUAUACGAUAAUUACCUGCUUCUUGUGGUUGGCAAGACAACCAACAACUUACAUUUUGGUUGUGACCACAGCUUUUUAGGUGAGGUGACAGAUAUGUUGUAUUAAAACUCAUACACUUUCUCCCUACUCUCCGACGCUUUGAGAAACAUGUACUGCAAAAUGCAAUCUUGACGUUCUCUGUAACUGUUAAUCACCACCGAUGACAUGCACAGCAUUCUGGUCUGCGCUGCACGGCUCUACCCAGGUGCAGCAGUUUGAUGUCAAGAGUGUGACAACAGCAUGCUGGGCUCGUUCUUCUAUGUUGAUUGAUAGAUUGCUGGAUAUCAGCUGUUUGGGAACAAACUGCCAUUGACCGACCAUUUUCAUUCUGCACUGUCCUCCCCUCUAGCUAGCAACCUACACGUUGACAUAGCAAUUUAGUGCAACAUUUACCUGGUCGCUCACAAACCUGAAUGUUUGCUUAAACAAGCUAGCAGUUAUCUUUUUUUCUUGCAGGGAUGUGGUCAUUCUAGUGCCAGGGUUUGCCUCUCCCAUGGCAAUUUUUACAGAGGAACAAUCAGUGCACAGAGAGGUGAAGUCCUGUCUGUUCUGGUGUGGGACCUGAUUUUGGAAAAGAUUUGUACAGUAGUCAAUGGUCAGGCAAAAUAGACAAAACACUUUUGAUCUCCAUGUGUUGUAAAGAUAGUAAGAUAUCAUAUAGUUUUGUGGAAAACUACUCAGUGAAUGACAACAUCUUUUUUUUUUCAUAAAUAAGGUCCUACUAUUGAGGAUAUGCAAGACUGGCAGAUUGAAAACCAACUUAGAAGAUAAAUACUGCCACCUACUGCUUUGGAGUGUGUAGCAGCUGUUUUUCUAAAUCAAUGAAAGCAAUUUUGAAUUCAUAUUAUCUAUGAGCUAUGAUUUAUUUAUUGGAGCUAUAAAUAAUAGUGUAAAUUUCACAGUUAAUAAGCUAUUAGCUCCAACAUACUGUAUAUCGUGCAUCCCUACAAAAAAUGUAAUGUUUACCUAAAGAACUAAAAGGCAAAAAGAGCUUCUAAUACAGAUAUAAAAGUAUAUACAGGUUAAAACACUGUUAAUGAGUUAUGGUGCGUACUAUUUCAGGAUUUAUGGAUGUCAGUGUAUGCCUUAGCUU